AUGAGUCUGAUUGGGCGAGUUAAUGAAACCCCGAUAAGGAAGCUGGUAGCAGAUGAAAUGUCAAAGGAAACAGACUCCAUGAGGUCACCUAAUGUUAUUUCCAGAUUGAUGGGUCUUGAUGGGCUGCCACCUCAGCAGCCUCUUCAUGGGAAACACAAGGGGUUCUCAAAAACGUACCAGUUGAGGACUGCAUCAGUGCAAGAAUUUAAGGAUGUGUAUGAAGUUUUGGAAGCAACAGUGGUUGACGGUGGCACAGAUGAAAAGUUUUAUAAUGCAAAAGAAUUCUUUGAUAUACUUGACAAGCUAGACACCAACAAGGGGAGAAAUUUUCUUCAGCAUCAAGAUCCCUUAUUUAUUAAGCAUCUUAUUGACCUCCAAGGUGCUGCUUCUGAAUCAGGAUGCAGGCAUCUAGCAAUUACAAAGUCAUCCAAUUCUGAAGCGUUUGAAAGCAAUGCAAUUAGUCGAAAGUCAGAGAAAAAGAGUUUGCAAUGUGAAUCUGGUUAUCCUCAGAAGCGUGAGGAUGGUUUUUCUACCCGGUCCUCCAAUCAUCCUGGUACCCAGAAACCUUGUAAGACAUCCGAAGUUCAUUUAGAACUGAAACAUGAGAAGGACAUCACCCCAACAAGGAUUGUUAUCUUGAAACCAAAUAUUGUAAAGUUGCAUAAUGCUACUAAAUAUGUUUCAUCACCCUGUACCUCACAUGGUAAUCUGUCAGAUUGUGGGAAGCAUGUUGAAUAUCAGGGUGUUGGCACUAGUGAGAUAGGAGCAUGGAUUAAGAAAAAAAUGCAUGAUGAUGCUUGUUUUUCAAGGCCAAAGUCUGGAGAACCAAGAGAAAUAGCAAAGGAAAUUACCAAGAGAAUGAAGGAGAGUUCAUGCAGAGAGCCAAUAGGUUCAUCCUCCAUAUUUUGGGGAUAUAAUGGGGAUGAGAGCUCAUGUGAUGUGUCUGAAAGUGAUUCUGGAAGUGCAUCAGAGGUAGCAAGGCCAAUUUCUAGAAAGUCCUUUCUCUGUGGUAACCACCAGAAGUCUUCAUUGCAUUCUGUAGAGUUGCAUGUAAGCAUGGAGGCGAAGAAGAGAAUCUCAGAAAGGUGGAAGAUGUCUCAAAGGUAUAAAGAUGUUGGAACAAUUGGUAAAGGCAGUACCCUUGGUGAAAUCCUUACUACUCCUGGUUGGGAAAUGAGGUCACAGAAUUUGGAUACAGUGAUUAAUCUGGAUGGGUCUGAUGAUGGAUGUGUUUGCAAUAAUGAAAAUACAUUGGGAAAUAGUCCUUUGGGUAUUAGUAGUAGGGAUGGCUGGAAGGAUGGAGGUCUCAGGAGAUCAUCCAGAUCAAGAUCUAUUCCUACUUCAUUUGUUGGCUAUGGUGGUGCAAAGGCAAGCAUGGAACGGGAGACGCUUGAACCGGGCUGUUUCCUAAUACCAGGAGAAGCCAUGAAUAGGGGUAGAAAUAAUGAUGAUAUGUAUUGUUCGGAUGCAAAGCAAUCUAGCAAAUCUCAAAUAGAGAUCGUCCUUCAAAAGAAAGAACCAUCUGACCAGAAGUAUUUGAUGUCUGAGGUACCAGCUAAUAAUGAUAUUGGCAAAAGUUUGAACAUUGAUGCUGAGGAAGGUGAUGGACAUGACUAUAUGAUUAUGUAUUCUCAAUCUUCUAAUGAGUUGCUUUCAGACCCUUCAAGUUGGUUGUCAGGAAAUGGUGGUUCUUCUAUUCAGGUUCCCAACAAUUUAAACAUACAGGAACUGCAAAUUGAACCACCCAAAGAAGAUUCAGUUCUUCAAAAAUAUACAAUUCCUAAACCACAAUCUCCCUCAAGAUCAAAGGAGCCUAAUCACCCAAGUCCACUUUCAGUUCUGGAAGUCCCAUUUACAGAAGAUGUGUCAUCUGGUUCUAAAUGCUUUGAGAGAUUCAAUGCUGACCUUCAUGAGCUGAGAAAGCAGCUUGAGCUUCUCAAGAUGGAGUCUGCACCAUUUGCAGAUGCAGAGAUGCUCGUGUCAAUUGAGAAAGAUGUUGGCCAAGGAUUACUUGCGGUCUCUGACGAGAAGGAAACAUGUGGAGAUCAGAGCUGGGAAUCUUCCUACAUAUUUAUACAUGCUGCUACACUAGUGUCUUCAACAUGCCCCUUCAACUUAGACCCUCUUAAGGUAUUCUGUAGAUUUGCUUCUGCAGCUUUUGCAGCAGGCUUGGCUCAUCCCUAUACGGCGCAAGAGGUGGCCAAAGCUUUCAUGGACACAACAAUUGCUUUGCAUGGGGUGUCGAUGGUUAUUACAUCGGACAGGGACAGGAUAUUCACCAGCACCUUUUGGCAAGAAAUCGCGAGAAUGAUACAAACAAAGGAAGCUACAAAGCCCAACAAGUAAUAUAGAUUAAAAUGAUAACAAGAGUUACAGGGUCGAACCAUAACUGAUGACAACACCCUCUCUCAUGCAUACAUAAAGAGGUGGAGUCAAGCCACCAUGUCCAUGAAUGAAAAAUAA